CCCUCACCCACCUUCCAAGAAAAGGAUUUCUUUUCUUUCAUGCGGAUACCAACUGCUUCCCCUUCUUUUUCUUCUCCCCGUUGAUCAUUUCAGUAUUCCCACAGGAGAAAUCCAGAUGAUGGAUCCCUUUACCCUUCUUGAUUAUGCACUGCUGAAGCUCACUCCUACUAGGACAAGAUGCGAUCUUGUGGUGGUUUCUGGGGGGAAAAGUGAGAAGUUGGCCUCUGGGUUGGUGGAACCUUUCAUUGCUCACUUGAAGUUUGCUAAAGAUCAGAUUCCAAAGGGUGGGUAUUCAAUAACUCUGCGCCCGCCCUCCCCUGCUUCCUUCUGGUUCACCAAAGCCACAUUCCAAAGGUUUGUACGUUUUUUAAGCACACCCGAAAUUCUUGAGAGGUUUAUGCAAUUAGAGCAAGAGAUUGUACAGAUUGAGAGUUCCAUUGAUUCAAAGAGCUUCUCAAAGUCAAGUUCAGAGGAAGCGAGUCCAGCAACCGAUAGUGCUUCCUCUAAGGAAAACUCCAAGUAUCGACUCCAAUGUGUCUUGGACACUCGUAAAGCAUUGCUCAGGAAAGAGCAAGCAAUGGCUUAUGCUCGUGCCACAGUAGCUGGUUUUGAAGUGGAACAGAUGGAUGACCUCAUUUGCUUCGCUAAUGCUUUUGGUGCCUCUCGUUUAAGGGAGGCUUGUGUUGAUUUCAUAGAGCUUUACAAGCAAAAGCACACGGAUUGCCAAUGGAUGGAUGAGGUCAUAGCAAUGAAGGCAUGCUCCCAACCGGAGCUGUCAUAUUUGGGGAAUUCAGGGAUUGUAUUAGCUUCUGAGAAUGGUAAUGAGUCACUUGUGCGAAGUAGCUCAUUCGAUACUUCAUCAGACUCAAAGGAAAGCCAACAUAAAGUUGAUGGUGUUGGAGAUAAUAACACACCAUCAACAAAAGUUCAGCUGCAGAUGCCAUGGCCAAAUCAAAUCCCACCAUAUAUGUACAACUUUCAUAGCCCCACUGUUCAUCCAAUGCAUUUCCCUGCCGGUAUGCAUCCUGUACCGCCGUACUAUCUAGGUCAUUUGCACUGUCCUCAAACUGUUGAUGGCAAUGGUAGUAAAAAGCACCACAAGUCUUGGAGGAAAAAGGAAAAAGUUUCUAAUUCACAUGCCGCGGAGAAGAGUUCAGAUGAUGAUGAAAAAAUUACACCUAGCUACUCUGAUUCUGAAACCAGUUCGGAUGAAUCUGUGAAGCAACGGGGACGUGGUAGAAAGCACAAGAAGAAAUCCUCAAAGACUGUCGUCAUCCGCAACAUAAACUAUAUAACCUCUAAGAACAACAGAUCAGAUGAGUCUUCUUCAAUUGAUGCCACAUCAUCAGUCGACGAGAGUUCUAUCAAGCAACAGGUGGAUGAUGCAAUAUCACUACUGGAACAAGGGCACAACAACAUUAAGACUCAUAAACACAGCAAAAGAGGACAUGAUGGUGGUGUUGAAAACUGGGAUGCUUUCCAGAACAUUCUAAUGAGUCGGGAAGAUGAGGAGAGGCAAAGUGGUGUGUCCUUUAAUGGAGAAGAAGAAGACCCUAUAUUAAAAAAUCCCAACGGAUUUGAAUUAAAGAAAACUAACAGCGAACGUCAUUUGCCUUCUUCUGACGGCUCUGUGGUUGUGACUGAAAGAUAUGGAGAGGAAGGGCAUGGUGGGCAUAUUGCCAACAAGGUGGAUUUUUCAAAUGGUGAGGAGAUUCAUCGGAGUUUGAAAAGUGGCGAUGAUUGGUUUGUUAUGAAGAAUAAUAAUUCUGGGAAUUCAGAAAGAGAUGGUGCUAAAGAUGCGAUUUUUGAAAACGGCGACAGCUUGGGGUGUGAUAGAGAAGCUAAAAAUAGAACAGUCACCGCAGCCAUUGAUGAUUCUUUCAUAAUACAGCAAUCACAUUCAGUAUCAGAAGAGCAUUGGAAAACAGACGUUAAUAUGGAGGCAGACUUAUUUACUGAUCAAGCCGUUUCUUCACAACCCAAACCAUCUUCUAGCAUUGAACCUAAUGAUCUGUGUUUAGUCGUUUCAAGGGAUCGCAGUUCGGGUCCCGCUGAGGUGUCUCGAAUGCCGGAAUUGGGUUAUGAGAUUGAAGCUUCUUUUGUGGGACGGCAUAAUAAAACAGAUUCAAACGUUGCUCAAGCUGAACAAAGUUCCCCUGUCAACGAUACCAAGAAAAGCAUCAAGAAGGAUCAUUCAAGUCCUUCAACAAAAAACCCCUCAAAGGAUAAUACGAAGUCUAAGCUCUCGCCAGGGUACCUCUCAAGGAAUAAUAAGCUGGACUCUUUAUCCAAAAGCAAGAAAGCCUCCCCUACAAAUAAGCUGGCUGUCCAAAAGAGCAAACUAGAAAGGGAGGAGGAAGCACGCAAAAAGAUGGAAGAAUUAGUGAUCGAAAGACAGAAAAGAAUUGCUGAAAGGACUUCUGCUAGUGCUCUUCGCACUCCGGGGCCCAAAAAAGUCACAGCUGGUAGUAAAACAACUUCUUCUAAGCCCGAAAAGAAUAGGCUUCUUCAACCUAGUAACUCAUUCAAAGAUCAGAAAGUUCAUGUUCGGGUCAGCCGUUGAAGAGAACAUGAACCCACAUCAAAGAACCCACAACAAUGUCGGAAGAGUGUAAAGAUUGAAACUUUUAGAGUUUUGGUUGAGCAUAUGGUCACAGAACAUGAUCCUACAAAUCCCAGAGAUAGUAAGUCCCCUUCGAUUCUUUCUUCGGUUAAGCUCAGGUUUGCUGCACUGCCCCAUAUAGAAAUACCCUUUAUUCAUUCCAUUGUAAAGUUGUGAAUUUAUUUUGUAUGUUUAUAGUGUGUGAAACAUUUUGUAUAUGUAUAAGACUUGAAAGAAUGUGUAUUCUUUUUUUUCAUAGCUUAUGUUUUCUUCCUGUGAGUUCGUGUUUGCUUUUCAUUAUUCUAUUGAACCAUGUGUGCUGAUGGCAUGUUGUAUUCUUAAUAUAAGUAUUAGCCUUGA